UGUUCUUCCACAGCGUGUGGAGGAAAAAUUCACGUGUGGUGGUUUUUUUUGCUGUUCACUGCGUAGAAAUUAUAUCUGAAACAAAAAACAAAAAAACAACGGAUUUAUCGCUCUGAGUCAUGGGUCGAAAGUUGGAUCCCACCAAUAAGGUGAAAAGAGGGCCCGGGAGAAAAUCACGAAAGCAGCAAGGAGCUGAGACAGAGCUGGUUAAGUUCAUAAAAGACGAGGAAACCGAACCAAAACGCCUGUCAAGUAGAGGCAGAAAGAGAGCUGCAAAAAGAGUUCAGACUUCGAAAAAGCCUAAAGAUGCUGCAAAGGAACAGCCCAAGAAAGGAUUCACUGACGAGAACAGUAAAUGGUUGAAACCCGUGAAGAGGAAGCGCAAACUUGAUGAACCUGAAAGUGAGGAUGACAGUGAUGAACACUGGGAGGAGGAUGAUGAUGAGAAUGAGGAAGAGCAGCAGGAGCAGAAGGGAGAAAAGGGAAAGAAGGGUUCCAAACUAGCAGUCAAAGAAAUGGAGGAUGAGGAGGAUGAAGAAGAUGAUGAUGAUGAUGAAGAAUUGGUUGAUGACUAUGGUACUCUCGAAGAUGGCAGUGGUGAGGAAGAGAGUGAUGGAGAGGAACUUCUUCCCAUUGAGCGGGCAGCCAAGAAAGCCAAAAAGCAGAAGGAAACAUUGCCUCUUGGAAGUGAUGAUGAUGAUGAUGAUGAUGAGGAGGAGGAGGAAUGAUGAUGAUGAGAUGAUGACGAGGAUGGUGAGGAAAAGAAAUCCGAUGAGGACAUGGAAGAGGAAGACACAGUUCAAGCCAACAUGGAUGAAAUGGACCUGUUUAGACUACCGGGGGCAGAGGAAAGUGAGAAAGAAGGUAUCCUGCCUCUCGACCUGAAGACGAUCCAUCAAAGAAUAAAAGACAAUAUUGACGUGCUUUGUAAUUUCUCGACAAAGAGGGAGGAAGGGAAAGAGAGAGCAGAGUACGUCUCUCUCCUGAAGAAGGAUCUCUGUAUGUAUUACAGCUACAACAACUUCCUGAUUGAGAAGUUAAUGGACCUCUUUCCUCUCUCAGAGCUGGUUGACUUCCUUGAGGCCAAUGAAAUUCAGAGACCUGUCACUAUUCGGACCAACACACUGAAAACAAGGAGGCGGGACCUUGCACAGGCCUUGAUCAACCGAGGGGUGAACCUUGAUCCACUGGGGAAAUGGUCCAAAGUGGGUUUGGUCAUCUAUGACUCAUCAGUUCCAGUCGGUGCAACCCCAGAGUACUUGUCUGGUCAGUACAUGCUGCAGGGAGCCUCCAGCUUUUUGCCGGUGAUGGCGCUCUCUCCACAGGAGGGAGAGUUAGUGUUAGACAUGAGCUCAGCUCCAGGAGGCAAGACCACAUAUAUCGCCCAGCUCAUGAGAAACACUGGAGUGAUCGUUGCUAAUGACGCCAAUGCAGACAGACUAAAGAGUGUGGUGGGAAACAUCCACCGCCUGGGGGUCACCAACACUGUUGUCAGCAACUAUGACGGGAGACAGUUCCCAAAGGUUAUGGGUGGGUUUGACAGAGUGCUGCUGGAUGCUCCAUGCUCAGGCACAGGAGUCAUCGCUAAAGAUCCUGCUGUGAAAACCAGCAAGGACGACGCAGACAUCCAUCGUUCUGCUCACCUGCAGAAGGAAUUACUUCUGUCUGCCAUCGACUCGGUCAAUGCAGAGUCCUCCUCAGGAGGAUAUCUGGUGUACUGCACGUGUUCAAUAAUGGUUGAGGAGAAUGAAUGGGUGGUGGACUACGCUUUAAAGAAAAGAAACGUCAAAUUGGUUCCCACAGGACUCGACUUCGGCAAAGAAGGCUUCACAAGGUUCAAAGAACGUAGAUUCCAUCCCACUCUUCGCCUGUCCAGGCGUUUUUACCCUCAUUCCCACAAUAUGGACGGGUUCUUUGUGGCCAAGUUUAAGAAGUUCUCCAAUGUUAUUCCAACUGCACCAACGGGAAAAGAAGAAGAAAGUGCAGAUGCUCCCGAUGCAACAGUUGUUCCAGACUCUCCUGAAGAGAAACCCUCCAAAAGUGACACAACGAAGAAGACUGUCGCCGGCAAGGCAGGCAGCCUAAAGGGGAAAAGCCAAGCCAAUGGAAUGACGGCCAAGAAAGCAGAAAACGUCAAGCCAAAAGGCAAGAAAGACUUACCUGCUGGACCGAAAAAGGCGAAGAUGGCCAAAAUGGAUGGAAAGACGGUAGAAGGAGCGAAGGCCAAGAAGAAGACUGCAUCAAAGACUGCAGACGGAACAAAAGAACAAAAGGCUGACAAAAAGGACAGCAGCAGAUUUGAGAAAAAGCAGGGCAUAAACAAAAAGUCCCCCAUGAAAGCAAAAAAACGAAUUGGAAAAAACAAGUUCAGAAAGUUGAAAGUCUUGUUAGGAAAACAAGAUGUAGAGUGAUGUGUACAGUGUGAUGAAGUGAUGAGGGUCCCUAAAGACCCUGAUCACCUGAGUUAACAAGUCAUCAGCUCGGUUGUCUCUGUUAUUUAAGAGCAGUAAUUCUGAAUAUGUCAGUCAGAUAUGGUUGUAAUGCCUGUGUACAAAUGAUUUUUACUGGUUAAUGAUGGUGUCACUUCAGUAAGCUCCUACGUUCCUCUGUUUGUAUAACAGAAUGUUCGAUAUGUUUGUAUUAAAUUGCAGAAUGGGAUGUCCUCCAGUAAUCUGUGAAAAAAAUAAAUGUUUUAAGACAAUUUUUUUUCCAAUCA